UCUAUAUUCUUGCACCAUGGCCGAUGAGCUAUAUACAUUGAGUCUCAUAAUCCCAUUCCCAAAAUCCGUUCAGUUCAUAGCGCUGACUAUAGUGACUGCUGAGUGCGGCGCAUCAGUUGCUCGAGUUGAGAGACGCAUUGGCCGACCCAAAGUAUGGGUAUGUGAAGAAUAUGCCAAGCAGGACUACCUAAUUAGCAGCAGCUCUAGAGUGACGUUUUCAUCAAGGCCUUCAACUAUUAAAAUAGUCCAGUCGUCUGCAUUCAAGCAACUUCAACCAAGAGAGAGGAGAGCAUUUUUGGCUUGGGCACGCGAUAGUCAGUUGCACUUGACGCCACACCGAGGCCGUGAGAAUGGGCGAAGAUUUCAACGGAGACCGAGAACGACAGGAUCGCGACAGAGACAGGGAUCGUGAAAAGGAUAGAGAACGUGAGAGGGACAGAGGUGACAGGCCAGAUAGGGUAGACAGAGAACGUGAAAGAGACCGUGAUAAGGAAAGAAGACACAGAUCACGCAGCAGAGAACGCAGGAAACGCUCCAGAUCAAGGAGUAAAGACCGACGUUCUCGGGACCGCAGGAGAAGUAACUCACCUAAAAAGAGUCGCAAUUCAAGAAGAAGAAAGCUUUCGCUUUACUGGGAUGUCCCACCACCAGGUUUUGAACACAUUACUCCUCUACAGUACAAGGCUAUGCAAGCCGCUGGUCAAAUUCCUGCAAAUAUAGUAGCCGACACACCACAAGCUGCAGUGCCAGUUGUGGGUAGCACAAUUACCAGGCAAGCCAGAAGGUUAUAUGUUGGUAACAUUCCUUUCGGUGUCACUGAGGAAGAAAUGAUGGAAUUCUUCAAUCAACAAAUGCAUCUGUCUGGACUUGCUCAGGCAGCUGGAAAUCCUGUUUUAGCUUGUCAAAUCAAUCUUGACAAAAAUUUUGCUUUCUUAGAGUUCCGGUCAAUAGACGAAACAACACAAGCCAUGGCAUUUGAUGGUAUCAAUUUCAAAGGACAGAGUUUGAAGAUCAGGAGACCACAUGAUUAUCAACCCAUGCCCGGCAUGACUGAUAAUCCUAGUAUGAAUGUACCAGAUUCACCCCACAAGAUCUUCAUUGGUGGCUUACCAAAUUACUUGAACGAAGAACAGGUAAAGGAACUACUGAUGAGCUUCGGGCAGCUGCGGGCGUUCAAUCUUGUCAAGGACUCAGCCACAGGUUUAUCAAAGGGCUACGCGUUCUGCGAGUAUGUUGAUGUGUCGAUGACUGACCAGGCGAUCGCCGGUCUCAACGGUAUGCAACUCGGUGAUAAGAAACUCAUAGUCCAACGUGCCAGUGUUGGUGCGAAGAACCCAAUGAUUGGCGCACAGGCACCAGUGCAAAUUCAGGUACCGGGACUGUCUAUGGUUGGAACGAGCGGACCACCUACUGAGGUUCUGUGCUUGCUCAACAUGGUCACACCCGAGGAGCUUAUGGAGGAAGAAGAGUACGAGGAUAUCCUUGAAGAUAUCAAAGAAGAAUGCAAUAAGUAUGGUGUCGUUCGAUCUGUAGAAAUACCAAGGCCCAUUGAAGGCGUGGACGUACCCGGUUGUGGCAAGGUAUUUGUUGAAUUUAAUAGUGUGCUUGACUGCCAGAAAGCACAACAAACCCUGACGGGUAGGAAAUUCAACAAUCGCGUUGUUGUCACCUCAUACUUCGAUCCGGACAAGUAUCACCGAAGAGAAUUUUAAUAAUAAAAAUAAUAAUCAAUUUAUCUUGUAUUCUGUCCUCAUUGGAUUUUCAUUCACGAUGUGACAAUACUACUUGUUGUCAAGAUAGUUUUAAGAGGAAACACGGAGGAAAUAAAAAUGACGGUAAAUGUAUUUGUA